UAUUACUAUAUCAAUGAGUAAUUUUCUCUGAUAUUGCUAACAUUUUAUAUUACCCUUGGUCAAUCCUUAUCAUUAGGAUUAACGUAAUCAUAAGCUGUAUUCAAUUGUUUGCUUAUAAGAUUGAUCUCAAGUUUACGAGAGAAAAGUUAUUAUGUGAGACCAACAUGACAUGUGGCGACAAAAUACUCUUAAAUUUGGUGUUUUUUAUUUUAUUUUUUUAUCCAGUAGUUUAGUAGCUAGACUCACUUUAUAAGAAGGAUAAAUGAAGAAUUCGGGGUUCGAACCCCGACUCUCCGAUAAUAUCGCUAGUAACUACCAAUCGAGUUACCCUUGUGGGACCUCCUAUAUUCUACGGAGUAUUUUAUUUAGAGUUAUUAGAGUAGUAUUUAUUUGGUCUUAAUAUCUUUCUUUAAAUUAUUAUUUGUUAUGACUCUAUAUCAUCAUUUUUUCAACAAUUGACUGGGUAUACAUACGACUAAUCACUAUGACUAUGAGAUAAUGAGAGUUGAAUUUUGUUCCAAUUCCAAACUCCACUCACACUUGGUUUGGCUAUAUACAUACUUACAUACACACAACCGAUUUGUGACAAAAGACUUAGCAAUUCUACAAUUUUAGAAACUUUAAUUCAAACAACCAUGAUUCCUGUCUUUUGGUCCAUACGCCGCCUUGUCUUGUUUCUUGUCUUUACUUCAAAUUUCCUAAACAAAUCAGCCUCUGCCUUAGGAAAUGAGACUGACCAUUCUGCAUUACUCGAAUUCAAAAAAUCAGUAACGAGUGACCCUUUUGGAGUAUUAAACUCUUGGAAUAGUUCUAGCCACUUUUGCAAGUGGCAUGGAGUAACUUGCGGUCAAAGCCAUCAAAGAGUCACAGAGAUAGAGUUGGAAGGAUACCAACUACAAGGUUCUAUAUCACCUCACGUUGGUAAUCUUUCCUUUUUGAGAAUCCUCUACCUUGAUGAUAAUCGCUUCCAUGCCAAUAUCCCACGAGAAUUAGGCCGUUUAUUUCGACUGCAGAACAUCUCUUUGGAAAAUAACACUUUACAAGGUCAAUUUCCAAUCAGUCUGACAAAUUGCUCUCAACUGAGGAAGCUCAGAUUAUACGGGAAUCAUUUUAUUGGCCAAAUACCAAUGGAGAUUCACUCCCUUGCCAAACUUGAAUAUUUGAAUGUUGGAGAAAACAAUCUAACUGGAAGAAUUCCACCUUCUAUGUGGAAUCUUUCUUCCAUCACUGUUCUCUCUUUUGCUUUUAACUACUUGGAGGGAAACAUACCAGAAGAAAUAGGCCUUUUAAAACACUUGACAAGGAUGUCAGUGACACAAACCGGAUUGUCUGGUACGCUUCCCUUAUCACUUUACAAUUUGUCAUCUCUAACUCACCUCUACACAGCAGUCAAUCAAUUCAACGGUUCUCUUCCAACCAACAUAUUCACAACCCUCCCAAAUCUUAGGAAAUUUCUGUUUGGCUCUAAUCACUUAACAGGUAAAAUCCCAGCAUCCCUCAGUAAUGCAUCUCGGAUGCAAUUGUUUGAUAUUGGUCUAAACAAUUUUGUUGGACAAAUUCCAAAUCUUGGAAAACUACAAGAUCUUUCCAUUUUUGCCGUAGAUGCAAAUCAUCUUGGCAGCAAUUCAUCAUCCGGUGGUGAUGACUGGGAGUUUAUAAAAUCUUUGGUAAACUGUAGUAAACUUGAUAUAGUAUUUGUUCAGCAUAAUAACUUUGGAGGUCCGUUGCCCAAAUUUAUUGGAAAUUUGUCCACCCAUCUCUCACAACUUGGUAUGGCUAGUAAUCUGAUAUCUGGAAAAAUCCCAACAGAACUGGGAAAUCUUGUAAACUUGAUUUACUUGUCCAUACAGGACAACCUCUUAACUGAUGUUAUUCCAGAGAGUUUUUCUAAGUUUCAAAAAAUGCAAGAAUUGUAUUUAAAAAUAAACAAACUUUCAGGUGAAAUUCCGGCAGCUAUUUUAGGAAAUCUCAGUCAAUUGUCUCUGUUGGAUUUAUCAGACAAUUUGUUGGUUGGAAAGAUUCCUUCAACUAUUGGAAAUUGCAAAAUGUUGCAAGGAGUAGACUUCUCAAUGAACAACCUUAGUGGAGCUAUACCAACAGAACUUCUUGGCCUUUCCUCAUUAUCAAUACUACUCAACCUAUCACACAACUCAUUAAGUGGUAAUUUGCCUCCUGAGGUGGGCUUGCUUCGAAACAUUGGAAUGCUUGAUAUCUCAGAAAAUCAUCUCUCUGGUGGCAUUCCUGCAAUAAUUGGAGAUUGCUUAAGCUUGGAAUACCUUUUUUUAGAGGCUAAUUCUUUAGAUGGAAACAUACCAUCUUCUUUAUCUUCACUAAAAGGUCUUCUACAACUUGACCUAUCGAGGAACAACUUGUCUGGUUCAAUUCCACAAGAAUUACAAAAUAUUUCUGCAUUAGAAUGGUUCAAUGCUUCUUUUAACAAGUUGGAGGGUGAGGUUCCCUUGCAUGGCAUUUUCCAGAAUGCUAGUAGAGUUUCACUGACCGGAAAUGACAGGCUUUGUGGCGGAGUAGCAAAACUGAAUCUGCGACUUUGCCCGCCAAAAGAUGUGAAAAAGAGAAAACACCAUACCCACCGCAAGUUGAUCAUAAUCAUCUUCUCAAUUGCAUUUCUUCUUCUACUGUCAUUUGUCCUUACUUUCAUCAUCUAUAAGCUAAUGAGGAAAAGGCAGAGAAAAGCAUCCACUGAUUCAACAAUUGAGCAACUUCCAAAGGUAUCAUACCAAGAACUACACCAUGCCACUGAUGGAUUCUCGGUUCAGAACUUGAUAGGAACCGGAGGUGUAGGUUUUGUGUACAAAGGAAGACUUAAUUCAGAAGAAAGAAUUGUUGCAAUAAAGGUUCUAAACCUUCAGAAGAAAGGAGCUCAUAAAAGUUUCAUUGCCGAAUGUAAUGCUUUUAGAAAUAUCAGGCAUAGAAAUCUAGUCAAGAUUAUCACAUGUUGCUCGAGUGUGGAUCACAAAGGUAAUGACUUUAAAGCAAUAGUUUAUGAAUUCAUGACAAAUGGAAGCUUAGAGGAAUGGUUGCAUCAAAAUGCAGAACUACAAAGAACACUGCCAUUGGAAGAAAGAUUAGAAAUUGUUUUUGGAAUUGCUUCUGCAUUACACUAUCUUCACCAUGACUGUGAGAAGCCUAUUGUUCAUUGUGAUUUAAAACCAAGCAAUGUCCUUCUUGAUGAUGACAUGGUUGCUCAUGUGAGUGAUUUUGGCAUAGCUAGACUUGUUUCAACAAUUGAUGGUAACUCCAAUAACCAAACCAGCUCGAUGGGGAUAAAAGGGACUAUAGGUUAUACUCCUCCAGAGUAUGGAAUGGAUUCUCAACUUUCAACAGAAGGCGACAUGUAUAGCUUUGGGAUUCUUCUUUUGGAGAUGUUAACCGGGAGAAGACCAAUUGAUGAAAUGUUUAAAGAUGGGUACAACCUCCAUAACUAUGUAAAAAUUGCAUUUCCAAAUAACAUUUUGGAGAUUGUCGAUGCCACUCUACUCUCAAUGGAAAAUGACCAUGUUGCAGUAACAACCGAGGUUGCAAUUCAUUUGCAUCCUAAUGUUGAAAGGUGUUUAUCUUCUUUAUUUAAGAUUGGAUUAUCUUGUUCAGUGGAGUCUCCAAGAGAACGAAUCAAUAUCAAGGAAGUCAUCACAGAACUCAAUAUAAUUUUGAAAGCUUUGGCUGAUCCAAGGGGUUAAAGACCCUUCGUCACCAACAAUUUCUACAUCCAGGAUACACAAAAAUUGAGGAUGAUUGACAAGGGUGAGCUGAGCUGGUUGAUGGACUUCACCACUUCAUCAUUUCUAUGAAUGCUGCACAAUAUCGCUAGUUAAAUCACUUAUGUGUAAUAGUGUUAUCAUUUAGUCUGAUUUGUUCCCUCUUAGUGUUCUCGAUUAAUAAAAUGUAUGGACAUAGUGUUGAAUAAUAUAAAACUGCUGAUUUGUGGCAUGUAAAGGUUGUACUCUUAAAUGAGCUGUCUUGUUAGAUAUAUUCGCCUAAGACAGAAAUUAUCAAGGGUUCAAUACACUUUUUACGAGUUAUCUCAUAUAACAGAAAUAUGAGAAAAUCCUCAUUGUUAGCUCAUACUAACAAUAAUUUGAGAAAAUACAAAAUCCUCAUUGUUUAUCUCCUUAUUUCUUUUUUUUUUUUUCUUUUUCCCAUUGUACCAAAAAAAAAAAAUGUUAUCAUAUCGUGCCUAUGUUUAAAAACACAUAGGUUUAUCA